GCAUAAACAAUAGAAUGUACAUAAUGCUUAAACUGCCAUUGCUUCUAAAUUGGGUUACAUCUGAGGACUGUUAUUCAACAACUUUUGCUUACAAAAUAAAAGAUCGACGGAGACGAAGGGGGGUAUUUAAAAGCGGUUCGCGGGCUGGUCCACGACCAGUUUUACUUAUCCAACAGAAGAGCGCAUUUCUCCAGGUACAAGUAUGUUCUCCACUAUAAUACUGGUAUUAGUAUUGUUAUUGCUAUUGCUGUAUCGAUCGUCAAGAAAACCAAAGGGAUAUCCUCCAGGGCCAAAGUGGUGGCCAAUUUUGGGCUGCGUUGUAGAAGUUGCUCGUCUUCGCAAAGAAACGGGCUAUUUGAUUAAAACAUGUACGGCUUUAUGCAAAAUGUAUGGACCAGUGGUUGGUUUGAAACUUGGUACCGAUCGUAUUGUAGUAUUAAACGAUUAUGAAAGUGUCCGAGCAAUGCUAACCGACGAAGAUUUUGAUGGAAGACCAAGCGGUCCAGUAUACGAAACAAGAACUUUUGGCAUGAGAAGAGGACUAAUAGUAGUAGAUGGAAAUUUGUGGAUCGAGCAAAGGAAAUUCGUUAUGAAACAUCUUCGUGAUUUCGGGUUUGGUCGUAAAAGUAUGGCCAUGAUAAUAGAAGAAGAAGCAACGUGGCUAGUCGAACAUUUCAAAAAAUUAAUCAAAAACGAUAACAAUGAUCGAAUCAACAAGUCUAAAAUACUCUGUAACAAUAACGAGAGUACUGAUGGUCAGAUAUACAAACUGAUAAAGAAGGACUGCGAGGAUAUAUCUACGUCCAACGAUAAAUACACAACGAGUAAAAAACAAUUAAAAGCUUCGGAUCUGUACGUAAACAUGGACGAUUACGUGGAAAUAAAACAGAUGAACGAAUUUUGUCCUGGAAUAGUUGUCCCGAUGCACGAUGCAUUUGGUGUUACGGUUCUCAACACCCUAUGGAGAAUGAUGGCUGGUAAAAGGUUCAAUCUUGACGAUAAAGAUUUGACUUAUUUACAACGACUCCUGGGAAAACUUAUGAACGAGAUCGAUAUGAUUGGGGCACCAUUCGGUCACUUUCCGCUAUUAAGGUUCAUCGCUCCAGAAAUGUCCGGCUACAAAUCGUUUCUGACAAUUCAUCAGAAAGUCUGGAAAUUUUUAAGGAAUGAACUGAAUGGGCACAAAAAUACUUUCGUAUCAGGCUCUCCAAGAGACCUGAUGGAUGUAUACCUAGAUGUUCUACAUUCCAAGAAUUAUAGCAAUACAUUUUCAGAGGCUCAAUUACUUGCUAUUUGCGUGGAUCUGUUCAUAGCAGGGUCUGAAACAACCUCCAAAUGUCUUGGUUUCUGCUUUUUAUUCUUGAUCUUGAAUCCGCAUGUCCAGAAGAAGGCUCACGAAGAAAUCGAUAAAGUAAUCGGACGGAACAGACUACCGACUCCGGAGGAUAGAUCAAAAAUGCCAUAUAUGAACGCAAUCGUGUUAGAAUCGUUAAGAAUGUUCAUGGGACGAACGUUAAAUGUGCCUCAUAGAGCAUUAAGAGACACCUCAAUAUUGGGCUAUAGAAUACCAAAAGACACGAUGCUUAUCGUGAACUUCGAUAGAAUAUUGAUGGGAGAAUCAUGGGGUGACCCAGAGAACUUUCGACCAGAAAGAUUUAUCGAUGAAAGCGGUAAUAUUGUCACACCACCGAUGUAUUUUCCGUUCAGCAUCGGAAGACAUCGUUGUAUGGGAGAGAACUUGGCUAGGAGCAACAUAUUUAUUAUAACCACUGCACUGUUGCAAGCGUUCACGUUUUCUAUAGUGCCAGGAGAAGAGAAACCAUCCUCAACAGAUUUCAUCGAUGGUGUAACAGGUGGUCCUAAACCAUUUAAUGCAUUGGUUUCGUUAAGAACGUAACCGAAUACUGUUACACUCGAAACAAGUGUAACCAAAUUUUAAUCAAAAACUAAUAACUGAAAUGUUUCGUUACUACUGACUAAAUCAUAUAGAUUUUCAUUUCGAUUGUUUCAUUGCAUCAAAAAUGAAGUAAAUUUAAGUAUAUUUUUAAGAAUCCAUGAUUAGAAUAUUUUUUCUAAGGAAUUGUUUGAAGUA